CAGUCUUCGGCCAAAAAACAAUUGGCCAUAAACCCCACCGAAAAUUCACAGCCAGCGGCAACUAUUGUCAUUCCUUUGACCCGAUGAAGAUUUUGAAUGGUUCUUCACUCUUCUGAAUCCUUCCCAUUCAUUCUUCCCUUUCACACCCAUCGGCCAUCGCCCAUACAUACAUCCAUUUCCUCUUCUUUUCUUCUACCUUUACAGUUUCAGUCGUGAACUUAGAAUUUUCCACACCUCCUUCUCUAAACGGCUGCCGGCGUCUUCUUUGGCAAAUUAACACGACCAUUGCAGAGUUCCUCCAUCAAAGUUUUGUUCUUGGAUCGGAUUCCCAGCUCGGGGUUCUUCAUAGCUCAGGUGGGUCUUCGUUUUAUCCUUCUCCUACUGAAUUCUGUAGACACUUUAGGUCGUCGAUCAUGGUGAAUUUCAUUUCUGGAGUUAGUGCUGUUGCCUCUAUGCUCGUGGAUUAGAUUUGAUCCCUUUAAAUGUUCAUCCAGAACUUGCUUAACUUUUCCAUCUUUCCAUGCUGAAUUUGCUUCAGGGGUUUUGUAUGAUUGUUUGAUUGGAGGGUUGGAGUGUUCGUGGUGGUACUUAUGGAUCCGAGAAGCUGAGAAAUGGAUGGUUGAGCAGCUUCUCUGACCAAAACUCAUUUGGUUUCCCCUUUCAACACGAUGAUCAAGAGUCGAAUAAUCGAGCUUUAUAUUGGGGUCUUGGUGUGGUUGCUAUUGAGUGUUAAGUUUAGCCAUGGAGUUCAGUCUGAUAUUGAUUGCUUGAGGAGCAUAAAGGAGUCUCUCCAGGACCCUUUCAAUUAUCUUGGCUCGACAUGGAACUUCAACAACAAUACCGAAGGCUUCAUCUGCAAGUUCACUGGAGUAGACUGCUGGCAUCCAGAUGAGAACAGGGUCUUGAACAUUCGCCUCUCGGACAUGGGUCUCAAAGGCGAGUUCCCUCGUGGCCUUAAGAACUGCACAAGCAUAACAGGCCUCGAUCUCUCGAGCAAUGAGCUUUCAGGACCUAUCCCUGACAAUAUAGCUUCAAUUGUAAACUUUGUAACCAGUCUUGACCUCUCGGGAAACAAGUUAUCAGGUUCAAUUCCGGCAAACCUUUCGUUUUGCAGUUAUUUGAAUGAGCUGAAACUGGACCAUAACCAGCUAACUGGUCAGAUACCUGGAGAGAUUGGCAAUUUGAACCGGCUCAGGAUUUUUAGUGUUGCCAACAACCAACUGUCUGGUCCUGUCCCGAGGUUUAGAAAUGCCUCCACCAGUAUUAAUGCAGAUAGUUAUGCGAAUAAUCCGGGGCUUUGUGGGCCGCCUUUGGAGCCAUGCUCUGGUGUCACAAAGAAGUCACACGCCGGAGCUAUCAUAGGGGGUGCUGUUGCCGGGGCAACCGUGGUAGCGAUCGGGGUGGUAAUUUGUUUGUUGCUCUAUCUCCGUAAGGCGGGUGUUAUUAAGAGUAAGAAGGAUGAUGAUCCUGAAGGAAAUAAAUGGGCGAGGAGCUUAAAGGGAAUCAAAGGCACAAAGGUUUCCAUGUUUGAGAAAUCAGUCUCCAAGAUGAAACUGAAUGACCUGUUGAAAGCAACUAAUAACUUCCACAAGGACAACAUCAUUGGUUCUGGGAGAACCGGGACUAUGUACAAAGCACUUCUCGAAGAUGGGACCGCGCUCAUGGUUAAGAGGUUACAGGAUUCUCAGCGCUCCGAGAAAGAAUUUUUGUCAGAAAUGGCUACUCUGGGGAGUGUGAAGCAUCCCAACCUGCUCCCACUUUUAGGAUUCUGCAUAGCCAGCAAGGAAAGGCUUGUUGUAUAUGAGAAUAUGGAUAAUGGUAGCCUGUACAACUACUUGCAUACUGAGGAUGAAGACAGAAAACCAAUGGAAUGGACUCUUAGGCUGAAAAUUGGAAUAAGGGCUGCAAAGGGAUUCGCCUGGCUCCAUCAUAAUUGCAAUCCACGCAUCCUGCACCGAAACAUCAGUUCUAAAUGCAUCAUGUUGGAUACCAAGUUCGAGCCAAGGAUAUCUGAUUUCGGUCUUGCGAGAUUGAUGAAUCCAAUCGAUACCCAUUUGAGCACGUUUGUGAAUGGAGAGUUUGGUGACCUGGGUUAUGUAGCACCUGAGUAUGCUCGAACCCUGAGGGCAACCCCUAAGGGAGAUGUGUAUAGUUUUGGGAUUGUCCUCCUCGAGUUGGUGACCGGUGAGAAGCCUACACAUGUGAGCAGAGCCCCAGAGGGUUUCAGAGGAAAUUUGGUUGACUGGGUAGUUGAGCUAUCAGCGAAAGGGCAACUCCAUGACGCCAUUGAUCAGUCUCUACUUGGGAAGGGAGUCGAGAAGGAGGUUUUCCAGGUACUGAAAGUUGCUUGCAACUGUGUGGUGGAAGGUCCCAAAGAGAGGCCUUCAAUGUUCGAGGUGUACCAGCUGUUGAGAGCAAUUGGGGAGCAGUAUCAGUUCACGGCGGAGGAUGAGGUCACAUUGCCUAUUGACGGUGGUGAUGCUGACUUCAUCGAGGAAUUGAUCGUUGCUCGGGAAGGUAUCCAGAGUAGUUGACGUGGAAGAAGAUUGGAGGUAGGUAGGGAAAUUGGAACGAAGCCCACAGCUUGUGAUGUAAUUAGUAUAUGACAUUGGUGUAUGUUUGAAAUAAACACUUGUGUUUAGUAUGUAUGAAUUAUUUUCCCCUCACUUUCUUCCUUUAUACCAUACUUCACCUUUUGUAUUGAAAAUGCCAGUAUAGGUACAGUAACGACAGCCAUUUUGGAGGAAAGCUGGGCUCUUUAGUUAAAAGUCAAAAUGAGUUUUAAUUAUGCAGCAGCUUUGUAAGGUAAGCAUCUUUUCCUAUAUGAAUCUUGGUUGUAGCUCAUUAGUGUAACUUCCAUGUUUUGUCAAUGGUAUUGUUUGGUUAGUGGAGGAGUUUUGAUGUUUUCCUUUCUGUUUGAUGGAUGAAGAGGUGCUGAGUAGCCUUCAUAACUUACAUGUCCCCUCGAGCAAAGCUUAUUCUAUUCUUGAGCUUCAAACUUGAGCAAGUUCAUCAUAUAUUAUGCUUGAAUCUCUAUCAGUGGCUCAAGUUAUAGGACUAACCGAAAGUUUUGGUGUCGGAAACCUGGAACUUUUCUAUUGGAUAACUUUGCUUCACACAGUUGAAUUGCUACCAUCAAUUAGGAGGUGAUUGAGUAGAAAAAGAUGGAUCGCCCCCUCUUUUACGUCGUGUCUUUUUUGUCCAUCGAAGUCAACAUCAAAUUCGUUUUACAAAGACUUGUUCUUUUCACUUUUCCUCCAUGAUUAAAAAUUGGCCACUAGCAAGCCAAAGCUUGACCCACCUUCUCUUGUCUUUCUUCCCAGCUUUGGAGAAGCUUUUCAGUUCUAAAUUCCCACUUCUUUUUGGUCGACCUUCCUAGGUACCCAGGUUGAUUGUAAUAAUUAUUGGGUGAUGAGGGUGGGGAGAGGAAUUCAGGGCCUCUGUUUCUAGGAAGAAAACCCAGUAACUGCGAAAACAGAGGAAUGAAGGGCCUCUGUUUCGUUCGUAGUUAUAUGCAUCAACGUAGUUAGCUAGCUAGCGGAGCGACCAAGUAUGGCUUCUGUCAUGAUCGCAGGAGCUUAAAGUCGUACUAUUUCAUGUAACGUUUUGUGCAUCACCUCAAGUAUAUAAUCUAAGCAUGACUUGAUAUUAAAAAAAAUUACCAAACCAUUGAAAGAUUUUUGGGGAAUAACAUUCUUUGAGAGACACUUUUUACCAACCUCGAAUCCGAAUGUAUGUUAUGUAUAGAAUAAACAUAUGAAAUUAACCCCAUUGGAGUAGCCCACGCAAUCUAGUUGGUUAAUAGACCUAGGAAUAGGAUAUCUACGAAUGGAAAAAUGCAUAGAUUUUAUCUCAGAGAUUGGGUGUAAGUAUGCCAUGUUCAUUGUAAUUACAUCCAGGGGAAAAUUGCAGAUGUCGACUGCUUGGUAGCACUUGCAUUUAUACGAUUCCCUACUAUGAGAAUUUAGUUUAUUCAGGUGCUAGAAGGUAGUUAUUCUUAGUCAUGGUUGCCCUUCCGCCUUGAGUUCAGAUUGGUUGUGGCUACUCUCGUAGUGAAAAUUAAGUGUCUAGAAGCGAAUUAUGCUUAGUUAUAGUUAUUGUUCUUACUAAAAUAAAUAUAUGCUUAUGAUGGUACUCGAAGCGAAUAUUCUUUAAUGUGUUCUUCAGUAGUAGCCCCUUCCUCUUCACCAACCUUGUGUAUUUCUCUAUUGAUUCCUAUCAUUCAAAUGAUAAUCUUUUGGUGGAGUUUCCUUUUUCUCAUAAUAUGCAUUAUUAUAUUAUUGAUUAUGAUAAUGGUUGAAUUCUAGAUAGUAUAAAGUUGCUUGCUUGAUGGAUAGAGAUUGCUAUUGUUGUCACAGCAAAAAGAGUGUAUGUCGUCAGCUGGUUUCAUCUUAGCUCUACGGUUGUUGAUAUGGAAUAGGGUAAAAUCAGAAAGCUAAAGCAACGAAUUGAAAGAUAAUAGUUUGUUGUUGCCAUAAAACCUUUGUAUCUGUUGUGGUCUCGAGGAUCCAGGUUCUUGAUCAAUGGUAGUUUAUGUAGUCUCAAGGUACUCUGGACAUUAUUCUGUGGCAUAAGUCCAACAGACAACAACAACUAGCUAGUUUAAGAAUAAGCACCUUAAUGCAAAGGAGGCUGCAUUUGAUAAAUUCGUUGUUGCUGUGGAAGUUCGAUGGGGAAGUAAAUAGGUUAUCAGCCACUCCUUCGUGCUUAGGUACUUAUUGCUGUCUAAAUCUAGAUCGAUUCCUUAGACUUAUUGUGUAUUUGUAUGGAGCAACGAAGCGUCAAAAACUCAAAAUGUUGGUGCGUGAAACCUCAACUUAUUACAUUUGUUGGGUUUGAUAGUAGUGAGUGAGUCAGUCUAGUUGAUAUUAGAGAUAAAAUAUAUUCUAACUAUAUUUCGGUAUUGAUUGGUAUUUUGAUAUAUACUGAUUCUAAUCCCGCAAUUCUUAAUAUCAAAUAACAUUUGAAGUUGAAUCUCAUUCUCAAUUCCAAAAAAUAGUACGUAUUCGGUAAAUACCAAAUAUCAACAAAUUCCAUACGGUACUCGGUAAUAUCUCAAAUAUCGAUACUAAACUUCCAGCCCUAGCAUAAUAAUAAAUGGCCUUGGGUUUGUUUAAUUUAUUAAGCGGUCAACAAGGAAAAUUAUGGGCUAGUUUUAUAUAAGAAUGAAAAUUUGAAGACUCAAUUGAUCUUUAUAGGCUAAAUUGCAAGUUUGGUUACUAGAAUUACUUCAAAAGUUCACGUUUGUAACUAAAAUUAAUUUAUUCUAUCCAUAGUUUCUUAAAUUAGGUUAACAGUUCAAGUUUGGUCACUGGCCGUUAGUCUCCGUUAACUUUUGUUGAUGUGGCGGUCAACUCUUAUAGUUGACCAUUAAAUGAGCGACGUGGCAAUUAAAAAAUAAUAAAUAUAAUUAUUUUUUAUUUUCCACAUAAUUAUUAUGAAAAAUUUUAAAAAAUUCUAAUUCCCUUAAUUAUUAUUUUUCACCGCCAGACCGUCGUUGUUCCUCUCCACCGUCGCAUGAAUUCUUCCGCCGCCCAACCUCUUCUUAUCACUCGCGUUUCUCCUGCUAAUCACCAGUUCACCACCACCUCCACCUCAUCAUCAUCGGCGGCUACGACUCCCCUCCGCCGCGUGUACUAUUCCCUUUUCACUCUCCCACUCACUCACGCUUCUCUCAACCUCCAUCCUUGAAAAACAACCAACCAAGUGAAUUCAGAAUACCCCACAAGGCCACAACCACCACCAUGUCCUUUCUCUUCUCAUUACUAGCAUUUCUCCUCCUAUUCACCACCGCCAAGCUACCUCUGACCCUCUGUUAUGCUAUGUAAACUGAGGUUUGAAAUUAAUUGAUCUAUGUUAUUUUUAAUAGGGAUGCGAUGGUUCAAUGCGGAUGGAUGACACAUAUAAUUACAUGCUUAGGGAAAAGCUCUCCCUCUCCAACAUCGAUUCCCUUCAAAUCAUCCUCUAUUUUUUUGUGUACUAUGUUUUCGUUCUAUUCGCCGAAUCAGACGGGUGGGCCCAACUGGGAAGUGAAGUGUUGUGUGCUUUGGUUUGGGAUCAAGAUUCUGUACCUUGAGGCUCAAAACGAGGCCAAGGCUUAUAUAGUUUGGGGUUCUGCUUUUUAGGAGUUGUGGUGGAGUUUUGGGAUUUGAAACAAAAGGGAUGAUAAUAAGGAAAGGAAGGUCACGUGGGAAGGAGAAGAAGAGUUUGGGAAUGGGCUCUUCGAUGCAAAGCCAGCCUCUUGUAACAAUAUACUCUUUGUUUAUUUAUUGCCCCCCGAUUACAACCUUUUUGUUGAAUUAAAUAGUCAAUCCAAAACCCACUACUCCUAAAAAUAAGCUAAGAAAGACAAUCCCUCAACAAUGCAAUCCCCAAAUAUCCGCCCACUAACAACACGUAACAUGAAGCUGGACCGUCUGGACAACAGCUUGACGGCGAGCCAAGCGAACGCCGACGCCAUCAUGCCGAGCCCUCAGGCCAACGCGACGAUCCUGAUCGACCUCUUAGCCAGCCUAGCUAGUACAACCUCUUGGUGAAGGACCUCGUGGCCCUCUCAAGCUCCCACUCCAUCGGCAAAGGCCGGUGCUUUUCCAUCCAAUUCCGCCUCUUCGCCCGGUAUGAUGAAGGAAGUUAGCGGCGGAGACGAUGAGGAUGAUGGACGGAUUCAUGGGACGGUGGAGAGGAACGACGAAGGUCUAGCGGUGAAAAAUAAUAAUUAAGGAAAUUAGGAUUUUUUUAAUUUUAUAACAAUUAGGUGGAAGAUAAACCAUAAUUAAUAUUUUAUUAUUGUCAUGUCACUCAUUUAAUGGUCAACUAUAAGAGUUGACCGUCACAUCAGCAAAAGUUAACGGAGACUAACGGCUAAUGAUCAAACUUGAACUGUUAACCUAAUUUAAGUGACUACGGAUGAAAUAAAUUACUUUAAGUGGCAACAUGAACUUUUGAUGUAAUUCUAGUGACCAAUCUUGCAAUUUAGCCAAUCUUUAUAUUAUCAUUAUUUUUCAUACAUCGAGUGUUUUUCUUUGUUUUGUCAUAAAAUAAUAAAAAAAAUUUGCGUUUAUAUUCUUCAAAUCAUGUAUGAGGAUAGGUUAACACGUCCUACCACGCUUCAUAUUUGCGUGAUUAUUACCGAACCUAAUCCGCACUCAGAACGAGUAUAGAUAUUGAGAUACCCGCCCUCCCCACCGUAGUCGUUUGCCAUCCAUAAUCUUAUAUUAUCUCAAACAUUUAGCUGCAUGUGAUUUUCUUGUAACAGACCAUACCAUAUACACGGUGCGGUCCGCACCGGAUCAGACCAUAUAAACGGUUUGUGUUCCAGACCGAGAGGCUGAAAGUCUGGAACAUAAAUCAUGGACCAAACUACGCCUGUGCGGUGCGGUCCAGUACGGUAUGGACCAGGCAGACCAUGUUCAUAAAAAUCCACUCUUAUUCUGCUAUCCAACCCUUCCCUGGUAGCUAUAAAAAAUAAAUCUCAGUGACCAAUAUGUUAGAGAAACAAAAAUUUAGUGAAUCAUAAUUAAAAUGGGAAGAAAUAUAUGAGGAGUGAAGGGGGAUUUUUCAAUUUUCAAACUCUCUCUAGUCACCAAGGAUCUUUCCAGUAUCCAUUAAAAAAUAGCGACGUUUUCCUCUUCCUCAUUAUGCUAUGAAGGUUGCGGCGGCGGUAUACGCGGGCGAAGUAGAACAGGAGGCGCGUGCGAGAGCAGCGACCGCGGGCGACAAGCAACAACCACGACCAGCUGGGUCCAGCGACACCGCAGCGGACGGAGCUGAGCCUGCUGGAUUUGUGGCGGCAGAGGGCGCCAGGGGCGAAGGCGUAGAGGAGCCGCUGCAUCCACCAGGACUGGCCGACAUGGCAGGCGAUGGCCCGACUGUUGCUGGGUGUUGGGAUGAAAAUUUCAUACCUAGGGUUACUAAAUUGGUGAGCACCUCUUUUAUGGAUGAUUGCGCUAAGCCUAAUUUAAGAUUUAUGGUAAUGGAUGUUUAUCAUACUUGUCUUACGCGCUUUGUUGAAUAUAUGCUGACCAUAAUG